CAAAUUACAACACAAUCCCAGCAAGAAAACCAUAAAAUAUGGUAAACAAUCUUGUUUGUAACAAAAAAUGAAUCCAUAGGCAUUCUGUAUAGUUUUCAUUACUGUUGCAAUGCAAAUAUACCAACUGAAGCCAUUAUAUUCUCAAAUCCAGACACAAAAUCCAGAAAAAAACUAUUCCUAAUCCAAGAUGUACAGAAAUGCAAAAAAUACUUAUACUGAACCUAAACACUCUCCAUAUUAAGUAAAAAUGUAUUUGAAUUACACUACACUAUUUAAUGAUGGGUCAUCAAUCCAACAAACAUUCCAACAAAGAUGAAAAGAAAAAAAGUAAGAAGAAAAGCAAUGCUACAAAACAUGCUAAAUCUACAAAUAAAUUGUAUGACCCGUAUAAUCAAUUGAGAAUUGGGAAUCCUAAAGACAAAUUAAACACAAGGUCCACAAGCUCACCCUUACACAGAAAAAAAGUACUGUCAGUUAAGGAAACAGCUUACAUAUCUUCCUGUUUCCAUCAUCACCGAAAAUACAAGUUUCUUAAAGACACUGUUAUGAGAGCUGUUAAUGAUAACAAAAUCUUUUCCAUCCAUGGUAGCGGCAAUGGUGUUGCUUCUGUACGAAAAGCAUUAAAAGAGCGAGGUUGGAUUGAAAAAAUACAAGCUAACAAAAUGAAUUUAAUGAAAGUUAAAUCUUGUACAGAUACAAACAAGGCUAACGAAGAAAUGGAAAGAAUAUUCAUGUCCAACUUGAUCGGCAAAACCACACCAAACUUUAUUUGGUACACACAUGAAGUAAAUAAUAAUAACAGGACACCGAAAGAUAAUAGAAUUAUUAAAAACAAAUUGGAAGUUGAUGGGUUAUGGGUAACAAAACACGGUUUAUGUUCUUCAAUGAAAAUUGACUAUUGGUUUUAUAUUGAAGGACAAGCAGAAGUCAACAGUCCUAGAACUUACAACAGCGAUGCCGGAGGGUUCGAAGAUUUUGUUUCUGACUACAAAAUCACUGCUUGCACCAGCCUUUUGAAAUGGGUCUUAUCGAUGGUGGCAAAUAACAGAGAAAUUUUUACUGAAGCAGGAAAGAUUUCUAUUGAUAUUUUUUUGUUUGCCUUGAAUAGAUGUAAAGAAUAUUUACAAAAAAAACAAAACGAGGAUAUUGACAAGCCGGUACCUAAUAUUAAAGCAGCACAAUGGGCUGCGUAUUUACGACAAUACUAUUGCUUAAUUGCAGAAGAAGAUGUAUUUGAAAUAGAUAAAAACAACGUUUUACCCAUAUAUUUUGAAUAUUCAAAGCUUUUUUUGAAAGAGAUUCAUAAGUACCGACCACAGUUGAGCUGUGAGGGUUGCCUUGAUAUUUGGAUAGUAAAACCGGGCUGCUGUUCCCGAGGAAGAGGAAUAAGGUUGGCUUCGAAACUAGAAGUUAUUUCCAACUUACUUUCAAACACCAAUACCAAAUAUGUAAUCCAGAAGUAUAUUGAAGAACCUUUGCUGGUCCAUAAUACUAAGUUUGAUAUCAGGCAAUAUUAUUUAGUGACCUGUACAUUUCCCCUGGUAAUAUGGAUGUAUACGGACUGUUAUCUCAAGUUUAGCUCUCAAAAUUAUAACCUGCGGAACUAUCACGAAUCAAUUCAUUUAACCAAUAAUGCAGUUCAAAAGAAAUAUAUAAAUUGCCUAGACAGACAUAAAGAUUUACCAGAGAACAACAUGUGGAGUUUGGAAGAAUAUAAAAAGUAUUUGAAUACUAUAGACAGAAACACAGUAUGGGAUGAAGUUAUAUAUCCAGGAAUGAAGAAGUGUAUAAUCGGUGUGAUGUUGAAUGGUCAAAAUAGAAUAAUGGGCAACAAGAAUCGAUUCGAGUUAUAUGGAUGUGAUUAUGUCCUCGACAAUGAUUACAAGCCUUGGUUGAUUGAGAUCAACUCAAACCCAGACCUUAACAACACUACUGAAGUGACUGCACAGAUUUGCCCAGAAGUUAUAUCCGAUAUCAUUAAAGUUAUUAUAGACUAUCCAAAAAACAAAAAGGCUUCGACAGGAAAAUUUCAUCGCAUAUUCGAUCAACCAUGUACACCUCCACACUAUGGCAUUGCUUCAGAUUUGAUGGUUCGAGGUGUGGCAUUGCCAGUAGAGUAUUUUAACACGAAACCAGUGGAAGCUGAAAUGAAUUCAUAAUUAGAAGAAAAUUUAAUGGAAAAUCAAAGAAAAGAUACAGAAAUUCACCCUAGGAUAUGACCACAUUAGGUAUUAAGUGGUGAUAAAAAAUGGAUAUACGAUCAUAAAUUUACUAUAAACGAAGAAGUAAAUACCA